ACCUCAAUCCCAUGCCACUUGGAGAGAGUGAGAGGAAUAUAAACUGGUACGCAUAUGAGCUUAACACUUUGUAUGGACACAACUCUUUUCAUAUUAGAUUAAUCAGAGUGGGAGAACACAAACAAGAAGAGCCGAAACAGGAUUUUUAAGGAUUAUCAAAGAGGGUCAUUGGAAUGCGAACCGUAUCACCACUGUUGGGUGCAUAAACCCUGGACCAACCUUUGAUCUAAGAUUGGUCUCACAAUGAGUCAUGAAUUUGAGAUAAGAUACAUUUUACUUUCUUUUUUUUAACCAGAGACAUUUGCUCUGAGACAGACAGGUGGCUAUAUCUCCAGACUUUCAGGAAGCCGUACCCAACACAGCACUGCAAUCAUGGGUGAAUGGGGCUUCCUCAGUGGACUCUUUGAUAGCCUCCAGGCCCACUCGCCGAUGCUUGGUCGUUUCUGGCUCUUACUCAUGCUUGUUUUUCGGAUACUGAUCCUAGGAACUGUAGCCAGUGACCUGUUUGAUGAUGAGCAAGAGGAGUUUGCCUGCAACACCCUCCAGCCGGGCUGCAAACAGGUGUGCUACGACAUGGCCUUCCCCAUCUCCCAGUACAGAUUCUGGGUGUUUCACAUCGUCCUCAUCGCUACACCUUCUCUGGUUUUCCUCAUGUAUGUCAUGCAUCAUCACAAGAAGAGGACCAGCCGCUCCAAUUCCAGCCAAUUUAGCAGCCAGGACUACAGAGAAGAGAUCCAUUUAAGGAGGCUUUACCUUAUCAAUGUGGCCUUCCGCAUAUUGGCAGAAAUUGGCUUUCUAGUGGGCCAGUGGCUGCUCUACGGCUUCAAGGUGGAGUCCCAGUAUCCCUGUAGCCGCUUUCCUUGCCCCUACACAGUGGACUGCUUCACCUCCCGCCCUGCAGAGAAAACAGUCUUCCUCUGCUUCUACUUUGUCGUAGGGUUGAUAUCAGCGAUUUCCAGCUGUGCAGAGCUUUUCUACAGCUCCAUGAAGUGGUUCUGCCCAAACAAGCAGCCCUUCACCUCGGAGCAUUCCUGCGUCUGCCAGAACCUCCACAACAUGGAGCAAGAGGAGCCGGAGGCAGUGGGGAAACCUCGAGGGAAGACGGUUCCAGAGAGCGUGUCCAGUAGCGUAAGGCUGAAAGGAGGAUCACUGAGGAGCAGCGCCAGUAGGAAGGUUUCCAGCAUCGGCCACAAGCACAGGGGAGGCAAAUAUGUAAGCACAAGGACAUUCAUGGUGUGAGACGGCCUUGAUUCAAACACACUGCAAUCACUUAUUUUUUAUCUAAAUGUUAUAACAAUAAUUACUGCAUACAAUAAUACCAAAGUAUCUCACUGUUAAUGAGGGAAGGAAUUUUCAUGAUGGUACUAUCAUAAGGAAAUGCCUUGGAGACAGUCAUCAGAUCAGGAAACGAGCAAAGACAAGACUGAUGGCCCUGAUAAGGCAGACGCAUUGUUGACUUGUUUGCUCUCCUGAGUCAUUACAGACCAUAAACAGUUCAGGAGGAAAAACGACUCUGGAUUACACUUGAUGCACUUGUUUAACACUGAUUGGUCCUUUGUUUAAAAGAGAACUGAUUGUACAUUGCUGUGGCACACCCUUCUUAACGGGACAAAUAGUUUGUGUUAUUCUAGUGGUUUUGGACAGCGAAGUCAAAAUCUAUAAAUGAAGACAAAAUACAUUUCUGAACUUCUUUUUAGCGUGUAUUUGCAUUUGUUCUUACUGAGAGUUAGAGAAGCUCAAGACCACUCGUGUACGUACGGUUAGUGUAAGCUAUUGCCAGCAGCCAGUUUGCGUAGCUUAGCACAGAAACUGGAAAAAGGGAGAAACAGCUAGUAUGGUUUUGUCCGACUCAACAAAAUCCACCUACACCUAAAAACUGUCAUGGUUUCAUGAAUAUUUCUUGGGCAGGAGCAGAGACUUUCUGGACUACCUGUUUCCAGUCUUUGUACUGAGCUAAGCUAAAUGGUUGCUAACAGCAGCUUCAGACUUAAUGUACAUAGAAAGACAUGCGAGCAGUAUCAAUCUUCUCAUCUAACUUUAAGCAAGAAAGCAAAUAAGCGUAUUUCCCAAAAUGUCGAACUAUGUCUUUAAGUAUGGUCCGCUGCAUUGACAGUUAUGACAGAGAAUUAAGUUAGAUUCUAUAUUGAGGCAUUAAUAGCAGUGAAUGUGUUGCUAGAUGUAUCUUUGACAUGAUCAUGGCCAUGGGGGACUUGGCUUGGGAACUUGAGGGUCGCCGGUUUGAGUCUGGUGUGACUGGUAGCGAAAGAGGUGCCAGUUGGCCUUGAGCAAGGCACUGAACCCCCAAACUGCUCCACGGGCGCCGUAACCUACUAUGGCCAGCCCUGCGCCAUGACUCCUCUGAGAAAUGCAUGUGAGAGGUAUCCAGGAGGGAUAUGUGAAGAGAUACAUUUCAACUGCCUCGUUUGAAUUUGCCUCGUGUAAAAAUGAUCAUGUGUUGAUUGACCAAUAAAGCAUCGUUCUUUCUUA